UUCACAAAGAAGGAAACCCUGGGAGGGAAGAACUUGGGGAACGGGAGAAAACAAAAAUCUUUGAGGCUACUUAGGUGUGGAGUCCUUCUGUUUCCCUUCUCCCCUCCAGGAAAGAUGAAGCUGACUCUGGUACAUAUCUUCUUUAUGAUGUUGCUGCUGUUGCUGGGUGUGGGGGUGGGUCUGGGUUUGGGACUUCAGAUGGCUGCUGCAGUCCUGGAGGAUAGCGAUCAGCCCCUGAGUGAGUUUUGGUCUAGCAACUCAGAGGACAAGACCCAGGCCACUAAAGGAGAGGGCAGCCGAACUACAGAAACCAUGCUGCUUAGCAACAAAGGAAUAGUGCAACCUGGCUGGCCUGAAGACACCAUCCUUGGUGAAGACGAAGUUGGAGGGAACAAGAUGCUCAGAGCUGAGGCUCCCUUGCAGAGCAACAAAGACUAUCUCAGGUUUGACCUGAUGGCCAGGGAUUGCAAUGCUCUGAUGUCACACAAGGUGAAGCAACACAACCACACAUGCAUAGCCCAGUACACUUUCAUCCACGAGGAUCUAGACACAGUCAGAGCUGUCUGUAACAGUCCUAUUGUUGCCUGUGAGCUCAAGGGAGGCAAAUGCCACAAAAGCUCCCGUCCUUUUGAUUUGACAUUUUGCAGCUUAUCCAAACCAGGCCAAGUCACUCCUCACUGCAAUUACCUCACUUUCAUUUUUGAAAAGUUUAUUAUGAUAUCCUGUAAUGACAUGAAGGUCCAGGUGUUGUCUGGGCAAUGA